GUCGAGCCGCAUCCCCCGUGUUCCGGACGGAACUCCGGCCUCCGCGCUCCCCCGGCGUAGUGUUUCCGCAAACUGAACCCAGUACCGGAUGAAAGGACGAAAAUGGAUGACGGGAUAUUAAUUUUUAUUUAUUUAUUUAUUUGUACAGUUGAAGCUACGUAACUGGGACUGAACAGCUCUGCGUAAUUGGCCAGCGGAAGUUUGUGAGCCAGCGCGCGCAGUCCGAGCAACUUUGCCACGGCUCAGGCGCGGGAGUUUGGCGGAGCGUGGAGGUCUAAUUUGAAACGCGUUUAGUGUUUUUUAUUUAAUUAUUAAAAUACAGAUACAUAUAAAAAAAGAAAGUAAAUUAGACUUACGUCCUUAUAUUUAUCCGUAGGUAAUGCUUUUUCUCGGUAACGUUUUAACGCGAAGCAAAAGAUCCGCCUUUGAAGCCGGGGCUGUUAUUUCUGGAGAGCAAAUGAGACGAUUAUUCCUACUGUUUGAUUGACAGCUCGACGACAGGAUGCAGGAGAGGGAGCUGCAGUGCGUGGGCAAGAGAGUGCUCCUGCUUGGCGUCUGCCUGCUGUCUCUGUGGGGGCAGCUGAGCCUGGCCUCCUCACACCACAGCCACAUCGUACACGUCAAGGCAGGAACCUGUGAGGUCAUAGCAGCGCACCGUUGUUGUAACAAGAAUAAAAUCGAGGAGCGUUCUCAAACUGUCAAAUGCUCCUGCUUUCCGGGACAAGUCGCCGGCACCACAAGAGCAGCCCCCUCCUGUGUGGAUGCAUCUAUAGUAGCACAGAAGUGGUGGUGCCAGAUGCAGCCCUGUAUGGAGGGUGAGGAAUGUAAGGUGUUACCAGAUCUUAAAGGUUGGAGCUGCAGUACCGGGAACAAAGUCAAGACGACCAGGGUCACGCGGUAGUCUGGGAUAAGGAUAUCUGGAACUCAUGAUCUCAGAUCAUAUAAUGGAAAUGCAAGAACCAGAACUUAAAAGCUGCUUGAGGACAAUGGAUAUGUAUUUGGAUUCGAGCGGAAUAACGAUAUCCUUAUAAAUGGAAACUCUCAAACAGAACUUCUUUGCUUCCUCUGGGCAGCUUUCCAAGCUUCCAUCCAUGUUUUAUAAGUCCUGGACAAGAACGUCCAUCAUAUAAAAUCUCAUGUUCACCGAGAUCUUGACAUAUUGACAAUAAAGCAAAAUAUAAAUCCAGAGAUACAUUGACACUCUGCCGGACUACAAAUGGCAUGUUCUUUGUUUGUUCUUUUUUCGUUUUUUUUUUUUUUUUAAGAUUACAUCAGGAUUGAAAUGUUCCUUAACUAUUGGAAGUGUAUGUGUUCCAGAGCCAGAUUGUGUUCCCGUUUCCAUCUCUUAACGCUAACAGUUCUUUCUUCUUUUAUAGGAAGAUUUUUUGAUUUUUGUGAGGUGUUUACUUUUAAGGAUAAACCCAAAGCACCUGUGUUUUAAAAUGAACUUGUGCCAUUGAAAGAAGUACAUUAAGUAUUAAAAAUAUAGGAAGUUUAAACUAUAAUGGUUGGAGUUUGGCAGUAGACCACUGAAAAUAUAACUUUUCAAUCACACAUUUGCUGUUUGUUAAAAAAAGAGUGACUGCUAUUGAGUAAAAAGUGUAAGUAUUAUCUUAAAUAAAAGUAUCUCUAUGGAAAACCUGCAAACACUAUUUGAGAGAAUU